UAUCUCUUUGUAUCUGCGUCUUUAGACACAAAAAAAGUUUUCUCGGCCUAUUCUAGGUGCCGUCACCCCUCAGUGACUUUCACCUGUUUUCUGGUUUCCUGCUUUACCUGAGGACAAAAGGAAAACAAGAAUGAUCCCAACUGGCUGGGGGCCCUCGCCCGCUGCGGAAACAGCACGCCGCACUUCGGAGAAGGCUCAGAUCCAAGAUAUUAAGGAAAGAUUUGGUAACUACAUCCGGAAUGUAAAGUCUAUGAGGAAUCAGAUAAAGCAGGGUGAGGACACAUCUACAAUUCAACAUCUUCAGGAAGAGCUGAUCACCAUUCGCAAUCUAUAUGAGAAGGAGAUCGGAGAACUUCGGGAGAAGCUGGAGCAGAGCUAUCAGGAGGGAAACAGAGACGGGCUCAGUGGUCGGCAGAGCAAUUUGAUGGCUGCAGACUACCAAAGCAGACUUUUGGAGAUGAGCAGAGACAUUCUGAAGAAAGAUGAAGAUAUUCGAGCCUUGCAUCUGAUCUUGGCAACGCAGGAGUCCGAUAUCCAGUCGCUAAAAGGGUCUGCAAUAGCUCCAUCCGUACAGCUGGACCUGGCCAAGCAAGAGUUGAGAGAGCUGCAAGGAAAUAUCCUCAUGGCCCAGAACAAAUAUGAAGAGGAAUUUUCUCAGCGUUUAACCCUUCAGGACCAGUUACGUGAACUGAAACAUCACACGGAUGAUAUAAGACAGAUACACAUGAAGGAGACGCAAGAACUGCAAGCUCAGGUUGCCCAAUCCCAAACGCUUGUGUUACGGCUGGAAGAUGAGUUGCGCUGUAUUAGCCGAGGAGGUCCAGCGCUGGUGGAAGCUGUGCAGAGAAUACAGGAGGCCAGUGAGGCUGAAGUAAAGCGUCUACAAAGUGAAACAGAAAGCUUUUACAACCAGAAUCUCAUGGAGUUACAGAUGCGGAUGGAUAAUGACCAGAUCCUGCUGGGACAGGCACAAGAGGACAACAAGCGUUUAUACCGAAGGGUCGAAGAAUUAACGUCUGAGGUGACAGCAUUGGAGAAAAAGCUCUUCGAGGAAGGAAGAAAUAGCCGCACUUUGAUUGAGAAGCUGGAAGCUGAGCAUAUGAAGGGUCUGCAGCACAUUCGGGCCCUGGAGGCCAGGCUGGAGGAGCUGCAGGAUCUUCUCCUGGCCAAGAUGAAGGAGCUGAACACUUUCCAGGAAAGCAACGUGUCCCUGCGGAAUGAACUGGAUGCUAUGAAGGCCAUGCUGGAGGAAGAGGAACACCAGAUGACCAUCGGUAACUGGCACUGCCCACAGACUUCGUCCUCAUCCUCCAAUCCACUAACCGACUCCUUCCCAUCGUCUGUACACAAUUUUAUCCCCGAGCACUACAAGACACCCGAAGUCCUUCCACUGAUAACUACAUCUUACUCCAAUGAUACUUCUUCUGCUCCCUCCACAGAGGAAAGUUCCCUUAAAGGGGAAAACACUGUUGAAGACGUACAAGACCAAAUAGAUCAGUUUAAGAGGUCAACCUCUGCCCCUCCUCGCAGCAGCCAGAUGCCAAAGCGCAGCAAAAGACAAGACUCAUUCUGUUCAGUGACGGACAACACGAACCCGAAAUGCAUCAACAAAAUUCCACCGCUGACCAGAAAUGACAGGACAAAUGCUGUCUCCAGUGCUCUCGGGUAUCUGGAAAUCUCUGAAGUAGACCCCAGCGGCAACUUUGUAAGAAUCGUCAACCAGUCACUAGACAAAGAGGAAGACAUUGGAGGUUGUCUUCUCCAACAGAACAUUCAGGGUCAUCCUGUGUCGAUCUAUCGAUUCCCACCAAAAACCAGAGUGAUGGCACGCUGCGUGGUCACCAUUUGGGCCUCAUCUGCUGGUGUCACUCACAAUCCCCCAACAGACUUUUUGUGGAAGGAGAAAAGCAAGUUUGUCACUGAACAGCGCUGUACUACCAUCCUGUGUACCUCAAAUGGGAAGGCCAUGGCAUGGUUCACUCCUCUAAAAAACAAAAUGAGAAAAUCUGUGAAAAAAAACUUGCUUGAAUCAGAACCGAUUUCAGAGGUACACGCCUCCGAGCAGCCGAAGAAGGAUGGAGAACCAAUCACAGAAGAAGAUACAGAUUCCCCACCAGCCCACCGCAGGCUGGAAAAAGUGCCAACCUUACUAAAGAGAGAUAAGAUACCCCCUGCUGUCCUCCCGAUGACGUCCAGCCCAUGGACACAUAGUACCUCCUCCCCGACUCACCCUGACUUCACCCCCAGCCGAUUUGUGCCUCUGGGAAGUGAUGGCAACAGUCAGUGUCGUCAGACAAGGUUACCAACGGCUAAAACAGAGCCGACUUCAGGUGUCCCCAGCGCUGGUUCUAGACAUGGCAGGGAUCCGGCCAUUAGCCCAGUGAGCAAGAAUAGUCGUGGGCCAACCCGUUCAGCGGGGGCAGUAAGAGGAACCCUUAGACUCCUCAUCCCAGGAAGCUUUGCCCCGCCCUCUGCUCAGCACCAAGCAGGGUUACAGAUACUACAGUCAGUGCAAAACCUUGGCUUCCAGCCUCCGAUGCCGCAGCCUCCAGCUCCGACCUCCUGGUGAUUGGACAGUCGAGCUCCCGGGGAGUCCUGUAUUUGGGAUAUUCCGCACCCCCCGGCUCUGUUCUACACAAGUUCUUCGCAAACACCUCCUACAACAUCCGUAUGGCCAGUCAGGUGUCGCUCACUCCAACACUCUUAUCCAGCUACUAAUAAACUCAGAA